GUCGUCACGGCGCUGCAGAGUCCCGCUUACAUAGCUCGCCGUGAGUCACGCGCCAAAGAACACCAGCUACGUCUGGCCAGCAUCGCUUCUCGACCACGGUUAAGUGACGACGAUGUCCUGGACGCAAACAACAUCGGCAGUCUCCUAAAGACAUGUCUACCAAAAUCAACAACGUUUAUGAUAGAAGCCGUCAUGGCAUCUCAGCUUCUCUUUGACCAGCUUCAGCCCUGUCGGCCUGGGAGCUGGAUCAACUGCGGCGCAACCGGUUUUGGGUGGAGCAACGGUGCCGCCCUUGGAGUCAAGAUGGCGCUGGCCAACCUGAAACAAGGAGGUGAUGUGCCCAUCCCAAAUCUUGUGUGCCAGGUCAUUGGCGACGGAAGCUUCAUGUGUGCCGCACUAUCCAGUGCCAUGUGGAUUGCGAGCAAAUACAGGAUCCCUAUUCUUACCAUGGUCUUGAACAACGGCGGCUGGAAAGCUCCGCGAAACUCGGCUAGGCUCGUCUACCCGACUAGCUUCAGUGCGUCAGCUGCUGAUGACGAAAUCAAUACUUCUUUUCAGCCAUCACCCAACUAUGCUGGUCUUGCCGAGGCAGCGGUAGGCUCCCAAGGGGUGUGCGGAUCUAGUUCGACGAGCCCGCAGGUAUGGAUGAAGGGUAUUAGAGCUAGAACGGCGGGAGAGCUCAAGGAGGCUCUCAAAAUUGCAACUUCCCGAGUAGGCAAGGAUGGGACAUCGAUGCUAGUCGAGGCUUUGAUGUAG